GAAAAUCAAACACUAAAGAAGAAGAAGAUCAUCAAUACUACACAGUAUGAGGUUUGUCAGCAAAUUAACAUUCCUCAUCAUUUCAAUUGGUUGCAUUUUUCAGGUAUCAUCACUAGGCGCAGAUGCCUCAUCACUUCUACCAUUAAUCUUAGACCAAAUGAUAGGCAGCAAUCCUGCUAAUACAUUUCUUGAUCCAUUCAAAGUUUUGGAACAAAUACCAUUCGGAUUAGAAAACAGAGAGGAGACUACUCUGCCGCUUUCUAUUGCGAGAGUCGACUGGAAAGAGACGGCGGAGGGGCACGUGAUAAGCAUAGACGUACCAGGAUUGAAGAAAGAUGAUAUAAAGAUAGAGAUUGAAGAAAACAGAGUGUUGAGAGUGAGUGGAGAGCGGAAGAAAGAAGAAGAGAAAAAUGAUGAGCAGAAUCAUUGGCAUUGUGUUGAAAGGAGCUACGGGAAGUUUUGGAGACAGUUUCGUUUGCCGGAGAAUGCUGAUAUUGAUACAAUGAAAGCUAAGCUUGAAAAUGGGGUGCUUACUAUUUCUUUUGCUAAAUUGUCUGCUGAUAGAAUUAAAGGUCCUAAAGUUGUCUCUAUUGAGAGCAAACAAGAAGGAAAAGAGUCCUCUGUUAGAGAAGAGCUUUGAUUUUAUGAGUUACUCUGUUUUCUGUUCAUCAUCUGUUCCUCUGCUUUAAUUUCAUGUUUUCUAAUAUUUUGGUAUGUGAUAUGUGAUAAAAGAAUGCUUAAAUGUAAUCUUAUUUUGAAAUAUUAUAUAAAUUUUUAAUUUGAGA